UACAUGAGUACAGACUAUAUAAUGUCUGACAAGAAGGGAAGUGUUAUUCACUGCUAUGCAAAAAGCUUCAUUGCACAUCGCUUCCAGAAGAUUCUUGAGGAAGGCUGUUUGUAUUCAGUUAAGGGUUUUGCUGUUGUUCCCAAUCCUGAAAAAUGUAGGGUUCUCAAGGACAGUGAUUACAUGCUUGAGUUGCAGGGGUCGACUGUUGUGCGAAAGGCGACUGAUGAAAUUGAAAAGUUCAAUCGAUACCCUUUCCAGCUGGUUCCUUUUGAGCAGCUCACCCCGACCGAUAACAAGCACUUUGUUGAUGUCAUUGGUUAUGUGAUGAUUGUUGGUGCCCCAUCUAAGAAAUCCACGGGUAAAAAGACAGUGGAGUUCAACUUGACAAACGAGCGGGGCUAUCAGCUAAGGGUUACACUUUGGGAGGACUUUGGCGAUGAAAGGGUUAAAAGGAAGAGCAAACAUCCUGGUCCUUAUACCAUACUUUUGACUGGCAUGAUUGCCAAGGAGUAUUUAGGUAAUCUCUGCCUCUCAAACUCAUCUGCAACCUUGCUGAUUGAUAACGAUGAAAUUCCUGCAAUCAAGACCUUCAAAGAUGCAAUAAGUGUUGUUGACGUAAUUGAUACCGGGCUACCAGUGCUGCAAGUUCGUCCUACUCUAGACACCCUAAAGCAGCUGCUGGAAUGGGGUAGAGAAAAACGCAAACGCGAGGAAGGGUGUCACUCCUAACCAAAAGGGAUCAUUUUGGUGUGAGUCAUGUAGCACCGAGGUUAGCUACCCACGUCCAAGGUAUAGAAUCCAAGCGGAUAUUACCGAUGGAACUGCUGAUGUUGUCAUCGUGCUAUUCGACGAGACAGCUGAGAAGUUAGUAGGCCGCCACCCAAUCACUCUUAGCUGAUGCUGAACAGGAUGAUUCUGGUGAUAGCUAUGUGAUGCCUCCUGUGUUACAACAACUUAUUGGGACGUCUCAUAUAUUUGAAAUCAAAAGCCACACAUAUUAUCAAGUUGCUGAUUAUGAGAGUUUUAACUGUUCUCAAGUUAUCGCUGAGCUUUCUAAACCAGAAGUCAACAAGGAGGAUAAGAAAUUAGUUUCAUCUGGUAAUGAGUCGGUGGGAUCUUCAUUAGCAAAGUCAAAUGUAACUCAAAACCCGGUUGAGAACAGUGAUGCCGAGGCUGCAACUGUGGUUAUGAAGUCCGAUGAAGGGGUUGGAAAUAAUCUUGAAAACGAGCUGGUUCGUGGGAAAAAAAGGGGUGGCAAGAAAGCUGUCAAGUGAGAGGAUGUCACCUGAGAGGCUAAGAUGAAAUGUCGCUGGUUUUAUCAUUACUAUGUUACCUGCUAUAUUGUGAACUUGCUUUGUUUUUCCUACGUUUGGAACCUUUUAAGUUUGAAUUGAAUUCUAGCAUGUUAGUGCAUACCUUUGCAUGCAUUAUGAAAGAAAUUUACCAUCUCUGUACGUGUUUUGGUUUGAUAUCA